GAGUGUUCGGCAUACAUGCAAUAUCUCCCUAAACUCACGUGGAUACUUCUUUCUUCUCUCCAACCAGAAAAAAACUCCAAUUCACAGUUUCAUCAAUUCCUCCUUUUUUUUCUUCCCAAAUCCAACCCACAUGCAAGAGUAUAAUUGGAGAUGUGAAUCAAGGAUUUGAUCUAUCAUCAAUUUGAGUGUUGCAUUUACUCUCAGAGAUGGGUGUAGUGACGGGUGUGAUAUUGGAUGAAUCGGUACUCUUGGCUGAAGGAGAUGGUGAUAAAAGUGUAUCUUCGCUACAGCCAGGAGUUGAGCCUUUAAUCAGAACACUCUUUCAAUCCAGAAUUCAUAUUGGAAUUGCGUAUAAUGUCGAACUUCAAGACGAUAAGGUCAGUAUUCUGAAAAGAAUAGCCAGUUCACACUCGCUUCAUUGCUUUAUCUUAAAUGAUCAAGUAAGUGAAGUUGUUAUGCCUGUAUGGGGUGAUAAUGGAAGUGGAAAAAUUAUUUAUCUGGUUUCUAGUAAGAAGGAGUUAUUAUUAUUACCUGAAUUAAGAAGGUAUAAUUGGUUGAUUGUUGGUCUGAAUGUUGGAGGUGAAAGUGAAGGUUCGCGUGAAUAUGAUACUUCUAAUAUUGAAAAUUUAGAGGAGUUGCCAUUGAAAAUUUGUCGGUUAAAUAAAAAGUUUACCGGAAACAAGUUCUUGACUGUCGGUUAUGUAAUGAAGCCUUCUCGCGUCGAAGAUUUUGCAAAGAGGGGUGCAUUCCCUUUGUGUCCUACACAAAAUGGGUUGAUGUUUGUGCCUCUUUCGGCCAAGCUUCCUUUAUCAUCUCAAUUAAAAGAUGUUGAUGUUGUUCUUCAUAAAGCCACUGAUGAAAUAUUAUCCAUUGAAGAUAACCAGCCUACUUUUACACAAAACAUGCAAGAACUGCAGAGGUAUUUGGAUCAGCAUCAGAAUUUAUGUGUGGUUGAUCCACUGAUUAAUAUUUAUCCUGUAUUGGAUCGGCUAGAAAUUCAACAAGUUCUACUUGGCUUAUUAGAAUUGAAUACUGAAGGUGGUUAUUUGAUCAGAGGGGCCUGUUUUCUUAAGGUUGAUAAUUUUAGCGAAGUUGAUUUCACGGCUGGAUUAGCUGAUGCCGGAUUGUCUCUUCCCUGUAUAGUGAAACCUAAAGUUGCCUGUGGUGUCAGUGACGCUCAUAAGAUGGCAAUAGUUUUCAGGGUUGAUGAUUUUAAGAAUUUAGACGUUCCUCUUCCAGCUGUUAUUCAGGAAUAUGUGGAUCACUCUUCCACUUUGUACAAAUUUUAUGUCCUGGGCGAGAAAGUUUUCCAUGCUGUCAAAAAGUCGAUACCAAAUGCUGAUAUUUUGAUAAAAUUAGCUAAUGGUUAUGAUCUCAAACCUCUAGAGUUUGAUAGCUUGAAAUCUCUACCCACAGACAAAAGCAUCAUCAUCGAUUCUGGAACCAGUAACGAGUCUAUUGACCUUAAGCUGGUAACAAAUGCUGCAAAUUGGCUUAGGAGAAGGCUUCAUCUCACAGUCUUUGGUUUUGAUGUUGUAAUUCAAGAAGGAACACAUGAUCAUGUAAUUGUGGAUGUAAACUACCUUCCAUCGUUUAAAGAAGUGCCUGAUGACAUCUCUAUCCCUGCCUUCUGGGACGCCAUUAGAAAUAAGUUUGACAGUAUGGUUUCUAAACAAGCAUGUGCUUGACCUUUUUAACUUUGACAAGGAAUUAAAUGUUUUAGAAAUAAGUUUGACAGUGUUUGCAUCAGAUCUUUGAUCAGGUACCUGAUCUUAUCAUGAUAAAAAUGAGGUUGAAUAAUUUACCAUUGCAUGUUUGAAGCUUGAAA